CCCCGUCUUUAUAUACUCAUUUACCGAAACCCAUUUCUCCAUUUCUCACCGACCUAAACUUUCCUUUUCGUGUUUUUCUCUUUGGGUGUUGAUAUAUUCAAUCCAUGAAUUCGAAUGAUGAAAGUUCUUCUCCUCACUCUUCUUCGAAGAUGUCUGAGACUUUAGAAACUCAACCAUUUCUAUCUGAUUCUUUCUUUGUGGAGGAGGGUGUUGGAUUUUCUGGGUCUCAUUCUCCGGCUUCCUUUGCCUUUUCUCCAUUGCCAAUCCCAUUUUCAUCUUCCCCUGUUUUCGAGUUUCAAUCGGGAAUCCCAGUUGGUGAAAGAAACCAAACUGUACCUUCUUCUUCUACUGGAGGAGAGGCUGGAGCUCUGGUUACUGUUACUGGGACGGAGUUUGUUGAAGUCCCUCGACCUCUUGAAUGUUUACAGGGUAAUCCAAUUCCGCCAUUUCUGUCUAAAACUUAUGAUCUUGUGGACGACCCAGCUCUCGACCCGAUUAUCUCGUGGGGUUCUACUGGUGGGAGCUUCGUCGUCUGGGACCCUGUGGAAUUUUCCAGAAUCAUUCUGCCAAGGAAUUUCAAACACAACAAUUUCUCCAGUUUUGUUCGGCAGCUCAAUACUUAUGGGUUUCGUAAGAUUGAUACUGAUAAAUGGGAGUUUGCAAAUGAAGCUUUCCAGCGAGGGAAGAAACAUCUUUUGAAAAGCAUCCAACGACGCAAAUCACAUCAAUCCCAGCAGCAGAUAGGAAGCUAUAUUGGACCUUCUUCUGAAGCAGGGAAAUCUGGACUCGAAGAUGAGGUAGAGAAGUUGAGGAAUGAGAAGAGUACAUUGAUGCAGGAGGUUGUUGAAUUGCAGCAGCAGCAGAGGGGUACUGUUCACUUUAUGGAAGCAGUGAACAAGAGGAUCCAGUCAGCUGAGCAAAGACAGAAGCAGAUGGUUUCUUUCUUCUCGAAGAUGCUUCAGAACCCAUCAUUCAUUGGUAGACUUAAGCAGAAGGAACCACAGAAAGAGAUAAGCUCCUCGAGGACACAGAGGAAAUUCGUGACACAGAAGCAGCAUCAAAUUGGAGAGCCAGAUUCUUCUAUGGAAGGAAAGUUAGUGAAAUACAGUCCUGGUUGGAGAGACCUUGGCAUGCCUUUAGAAGGGCGAGAUUUGAAUCCAUUCCAUAUGGAACAAGGUAUAGGAGAGAAUGCCGAAAACCUGCCAUUUCAGUUUGAGGAUUUCAUACCUGAUGAAUUAAUUUUAUCAGAUGAUAUAACAGCAAUGCAGGGACUUAGUGAAAUGCCAGACCAGAUCGGGGAAGGGGCGGCUUCUAGCAUGCAAACUGGAGAUCAUUUUUUCAAAGGAAAGGGUAUUCUGAGCCCAAAACAAGAGCUUAAUCCUGAUUAUUAUGUCUCUUUUCCAGAGGAUUUAAUGAAGGAGAAAAGUUUUCCAGAACUCUCAUCUACAGGAAUGGAAAGCAUCAUAAAACAAGAGGACAUAUGGAGCAUGGGUCUUGAUACCGGUGCUGGUAUGUCAAGUGGUGGCAGUGAUUUGUUGUUGGCUACUCCAGUCAGCUAUGAAAUGCCAGAGCUGCCAUUAGAUAUCUGGGAUUUAGGUUCAUUACAAGUAGGAGGAUCAGAACUUAACAAGUGGUCAUCAGCUGAUGAAACACCAUACAUUGAUCCACAUAGUCAAUCUAGUCAACCAAAAGAUAAUUUACCUAAAAAUAUGGAUCCUUAGGGCCUCAUUUGCUUUUGCAUUUGAUGUCCUUAUGGAUUCUAGUUAUUCUAGUUUUCAAGGGUUCCAUUGACUGGGGAUUAUUUAUUAAUAAAUAUUAUUUUUAUUUUACCUACCAAGUUCAUUUCA